CAACUCUGUUCUGAUUCUGUUUUGGCAGUCACCCCUGGGAAACAGUAACGACGGCUGCCAUGCAGAAAUACCCCAAUCCCAUGAACCCCAGCGUGGUUGGCGUCGAUGUCCUGGACAGACACGUGGACCCCAGUGGGAAACUGCACAGCCACAGGCUCCUUAGCACCGAAUGGGGAAUACCCUCCAUUGUGAAAUCUCUCAUUGGCACAUGCAGAACAAAGACAUACGUUCAGGAGCACUCUGUUGUUGACCCAGUGAAAAAAACAAUGGAGCUUAAAUCCUGUAAUAUUUCAUUUACAAACCUAGUGUCGGUCGACGAGAGGCUUGUCUACAAACCACACCCUCAUGAACCAGACAAAACUGUAUUGACACAAGAAGCAAUAAUAUCUGUAAAAGGUGUCAGUCUCAGCAGUUACCUAGAAGGGAUAAUGGCAAACACAAUUUCAUCCAAUGCUAAUAAAUGUCAUCUGUUCAAUCUACCUGGACCUACUUGGUCUCACUUUUUUGGCCUCCCUGGACCCCUCCAGUGUCAAGACUUCAACGUCCUUGGAACUCUUUAAAAUCCCUUUUUCAGAUUCCUUGGAUUUAUCCAGUCUGAGCUCUUCAUCCUCUGUGGAAUUCUCCAGUCUCACUUCUUCGUCUUCUCUGGACCUUUCAAGUCUCGCAUCUUCAGCCUCUUCAGACUUCUCCAGUACCUCCUCUUCAAUCUCCUUAGAGCUCUCCAGUCUCACCUCUUCAGAUUCCUGGGAGCGCUCCAGUUUCACCUCUUCAAUUUCACUGGACCUAUCAAGUCUCACUUCAUCAGGCUCUCUGGAUCUCUCUGGCGACAGUUCUUCAAUCUCCUUAGAUCUCUCAAGUCUCAGCUCGACACCCUCCCCAGAUUUCUCCAGUCCUGCCUCUUCACCCUCUCUAGAUCUCUCCAGUCUCACUUCCUCAUCCUCCCUAGAUGUUUCCAGUCACACCUCCUCAGCUUCCUUAGACUUUUCCUGUACAAUCCCUCCAUCCUCACUAGGUGACUCAGGGCAGACCUCCUCAACCUCUUCAGAAUCAUUAGAUCUCACAGAUUUUAACUAUCUCAUGUUUCAGGGCUCCUCUCAAUUAUCCUCAUCGACCUCUGAGGAUGUUUCUAAUUUCAUCUCUACACGCUUUCCGGAUGUCUCCAAUCUCACCUUUCAGGAUGCUGCUUCUCUCACUUCUUUGGUUUCUUUGGACAUUUCUAAUCUCACAUCUUUAGUUCCCGCCGACCUUUCCACUCUCACAUUUUUGGAUGUUGCUAACCGUACUGCUUCAGCUUCUCUUGAUCUCUGCAUCUAACCCUUUCGACACCCUUAACUCCCUCUCUCUGCACUAUCUCUGUAUCUUUCUAAACUUUCCUCCUCUAUGCGCUGUUCCUAAGUUCUGUCUCUGAAAGUUCUCAAUAUUUCCGAGCGUCUAAACAGAACCAGGCAUGAAAACAGGUCAUACAAAUCUAUAAUGGUGCCUUGUUUACAGCUACAGAAACAUCAAUAUAUAUUCUUGAAUUUUUAUAAAGCACAAUUUGUCACGAAUUGAAUUACUAUUCCGUCUCAGCGUGGUACCUCUCCCAAAGGUUUAACUUUCAUAAUUCAUUCUGAAUUUUUAUCUGUCAGGAUCAACAAAGAGUAAACUGAGCCAGAUGUACAAAUAUUUGCAUUCAAGUUGUACAUCUCCCUUAUAGAUUUGAAUCUUGAGUGCAUUGCUCAGAAUUGCAGGCACAGGCAUUGCACGUGGAGGUACUGAGAGAGAAGAUGUGGUGGGAAAAGGAAACUGAGGGGAAAAAAGAGCAGGUAAGAGACAGGGGGUAGGGAGAGGAAUAGAGAAGGUGUGAGUGGGAAAAGAGGGGCACGUAACCAGAAGAAAGAUGUCCAACUCUGCUAGCAUCACUUUUUUCUGCCAAGCCGUAUUUGUGGCCUGGGCUGCCCAUGAGGCUUAAAAUAACCUUAUUGAUGAUUAUUUACCUAUCAAAUCAUCAUAUGUUACUAUUAAAACAGCAUUUGCAUAUGACAGCCAUUUAUCAACAUACCUAAGUAGUGCAGUUAAUAGUGUUGCAUAGGUAGCAGAGAGGAGUUUCCUUAAAUCUUUGGUGCUUUCUUGUAUCUUUUUGUUACUAUUGUUUUAGCUGGGUUUAAGAAAACAAGUGUUUUAAUUCAGUAUCAUAUCACCGCACCCUGUCUGUGUUAAAAAUGCUGUCAUGACAAAUAUUUUUUUAAUUGAUUGAAUUUUUACAAGUUGGAAAGCUUUGCUCCAACAUGCCAGAUCUGUCUCAAAAUUAGGAUAAAAAUGUCUUGCACAACAAAAAAAGAAAUAAAUGCAUGAAAUAAGAACUUUUUUCUGCCUCAUUUAUACUAGUUAUUUCUUUAAAAUUAAGUGGGAAAGAUUAUAAUACAUGGAUUUUUAGAAAUUAACAUCAAAUACAAUAGAGGCAAAGUUGUUUAGCAGUUACUAAAAGAAAUAAUAAACACAAAUUAUUGGUCCAGAUGGAAGAAUCAGUGUAAUGCAGUGUCCUGGAGUGUCCGCUUUCAAAAACGUCAUCACAACUGGCACUAACUAGAGUCUUCUUCGGUAAUCUCAGUAGAAGGACUGAGUAGGCAAAUUAAGGGCAGGAAAUUCCUGCUCUUACUUCCUGGCUGAUGUGCUAAUUACACUAAAAGGCAUUCUUUUCUUACUGUCGAAUGCUACCCUGGACACAGACUCUGCCAUACCGCCUCGGAAAAUACCAUUCUUUCUGUUCUGGUGGAUCUAUACUGACAUUAUCAUGUGCAGAUUGCUAAUUACAGCAGCCCUGGACUAAGUGAGAUCUCUAAUAAAGCUGAAAACUACACUGUGCUUUAAAAAAUGUACCGUGAGAGCAUCACUGCUUAGUGACUUGAAAUUACCAUGAGACUUCCAGGGAUAUUAAAAUGGGCGAAGAGGACCAAAGUCACCAGCAUUUCCUCAAGACCUGUACAGCUUCUGGAGGAUUCUUACGUAUUUUGUGAUGUAGUUUGGCUCUGGACGGAAAGAAUAGAGGGAAGAGGUAUUCAUACUUA